AUGCCCACCAAAGUUGCUCUAGUUGGUGGAAGCGGCAAUCUAGGACCAGCCGUCCUGAACCAAUUGCUAGAGGCUGGAUUCGACGUGACAGUUCUGUCUCGUCAAGACAGUGACAAGACCUUCGACUCAAGAGUCAAGGUCGCAAAAGUCGACUACGAGUCUCUCGACUCGCUUAAGAAUGCUUUUUCUGGCCAGGAUGUCGUGGUUAGCACACUCGGCGUGGGCGCAGUGCCACGAGAUAUUCACCUCCGUCUUGUUGAUGCCGCUGUAUCUGCUGGAGUGAAUCGUUACAUUCCAUCAGAAUACGGAUGCGACACGACCCACCCCAAUACUGCCAAGCUCCCUGUUUUUGGCGACAAGGUUGCUGUCCAGGAACAUCUUAAGAAGGCCAACAAGGAUUCUGGUCUGAGCUACACAUUCCUUAUAACUGGUCCAUUCCUCGACUGGGGUCUUAAAGUGGGAUUUUUGCUCAACCUCUCCGGCCCUGUUGCAAGCUUGUAUGAUGGCGGCGAGCGAAAGUUUAGUACUACCACUCUGGCAGAUGUUGGACGCGGGGUUGCUGGAAUCAUCAAUCACCUCCCAGAGACCGAGAACAAGACAGUCUACAUCAGCUCUGCGACUGUCUCCCAGAAACAGCUAUUAGAUUUGUCCGGUAAGAGUAUUGAUACAAAGACCGUCCCGACAAUUGAUUUGGAGAAGGAGGCAUUUGAGGAAUUGAGCAAGCCGGUCCCGAACCCACAAGUCUUUGCUCAUCUGUUCCUUUUCCGGGGUGUCUUUGGCGAAGGAUUCGGAAGUCUUUUCGAGACCGACAAGCUUUUCAACGAAGCAUUUGGCUUAAAGCCUUUGUCCGACGAAAACAUUUGUGGCUUCUUCCAAUGA